AUCUCAAAUCUAGAACAUUUUAAAAUUAAUGAAUCUGAAAACAUCAAUCUUCAAGAUAUUAAUACAGAACAAUUUUUGAAAUAUUUCAAUAAUCAGAUAGUACGAAUAACGAAAGUUCUUUAUCAAAAUCAAAGAGAAAGAAAUUCACCAAAAUUAAAUGCUAAUGACUUCAUCAAUUUAAUUAAACACAAAGAUCCCGAGAUCCAAGAAUUUUUUGAUAUUUUAUAUAAUACAAUAAAUUCUAAAGACAAAGCUUUAAAAAUACAAAAAAGUUUCAAAGAAAUAAUUAUAGUAUUGUGCUAUGAACUAGCUGGAUUGCAAAACAAGCAAGUAAGUGGUGUCAAAGCUACACUAGAUUUGUUUUUUACAAAAUCUAAAGCCUUGGCUCAUUGUAUUAAUACAAUGACUAAUAUGGAAUUAUAUACUACAUACCAAAUAGCUUUUAAUAAAAUUAAUGAAAUAAGUGAUAAGCACUAUGAUAGUGUGAAAAAAUAUGUUCAAAAUCACUAUAAUAGUCUUUUUAUUGCAUAUGUAGACGAUUAUCAUAAUCUUCAUAGUACUCAUAUUCCAUCAACAAAUUCAGCUAAACAAAUGAAAUAG